AUGAAAUCCAUCUUCCAAGCUUUCAGCCUCGGCCUGCUCGCCUCAGCAACCGCCGCGUUUCCAGGCUCGACUGCCGCGGCGAUCAACACCGCCUCAUACUGUCCUCCCCGCGAGGCCAGUCUCGAGGAGCAGCGGGCUAUAUUCGAGCAAGCCGUCCAAACCAUCAUCUUCGAUCAGAAGUACACCGAAGGCGUCCCCAGACACUACGACGAAGGUUACAUCCAGCACGACCCCUUCCUUCUCUCUGGUCGACAGAACGUCUUGGACUACCUCGCAGACUUUGAUCCCGAGUCAGUCAAGUUCACUGUCAUCAACAAGGGGUUAGACUAUAACAGAGCCUUCAUCUUCCAGCGCGUCGACUUCGCGCAGGCAGGCGUCGAGCCGCUUACUUGGGUGGAUCUUUGGAGGUUCAACGGAACUUGCAUCAUGGAGCACUGGGGAGUCAACAUGCCCAAGCCGGCUGACGCGAUUAACCCGCUCCCGAUGUGGUGA